GCGCUGCGAAGUCAGGCUCUCCCGGUCAUCAGUUCGUGCGAAGUUUCCGAGGGACGGGAUCCGGUCCCGACGCGACUCAUCGAAGGCGAUGCGCACCGUUUUAUUUUUUAAUCUCACCCUGGUACGUUUCAGCCUGCGUUUUUCGUCCAAGCAGACGGUUGUAUCGGUUUUCUGGAAAAUGUUUUUCCAUGCUAACAGUACUCCCCGAUCUGUAAUUUGGGGGUUUUAAAUUGCUCGCUGCAUCAUUCGGGUGCCAUGCUUUCAGGAACAUCAUAAAGGGAUCCGCUUGUUGCUGUAGGCGCCUUUUCAUACUUAAUUUUUCUUGGGGGCUUUACGAUUCUUCACAGAUUUCUACCAUUAUGACUUAAAUUACAAUUGAAUACAGAACAGCGGUACUUCUUUACAGUCCCUCGGUAAAAUCACUAGUCUCGAUUCGCGCAGUCCUCGUCUGUAGCGGCUCCAGAUAAAUGCUUGGGAAAAAGUGACACAUGCGCCGGUGUAAGUGACAGACAUCGCUGUUGUGUGAUGCUGCGGGUGGAGGUGAUGGCAGCCGUGCUUCUGCUCAUCUUGAUGUGCGUUUUGAGCCGGGAGCUGUCCACCCAGGCAGUGGCAGAUCGCUAUGCCGUCUACUGGAACCGCAGCAACCCCAGGUUCCAGCGGGGUGACUAUCACAUCGACGUUUGUAUCAACGACUACCUGGAUGUGUUCUGUCCUUACUACGCCCACUCGGUGCUGGAGCACCGUGCCGAGCGCUAUGUGCUCUAUAUGGUGAACUACGACGGCUACAGUGUCUGCGAGAACCUUGCUAAGGGCUUCAAGCGCUGGGAGUGCAACCAGCCACACUCACCUCUCAAGUUCUCAGAGAAGUUCCAGCUUUUCACCCCAUUCUCUCUGGGCUUUGAGUUUCGACCAGGAAGGGAGUACUACUACAUCUCAUCUACCACAGCUGAAAAUGGAAGAAGAACAUGUUUAAAGCUUAAAGUGUUUGUUCGACCAUCAAACAGCUGUGUAAAAACUGUGGGGUCUGAUCGCGUAUUUGAGGUCAAUGACAAUUCAUUAGAACCAAGAGCCAUCCAUCCAUCCAUCCAUCCAUCCCUCCAUUUUCUGCCACUCAUCCAGGUCUGGGUCAUGGGGGCAGCAGACUGAGCAGGGAUGACCCAGACCUUCCUCUCCCCAGGCACCUCCACCAUCUCCUCUGGGGGAAUACAAAGGCAUUCCUAGUUCAGCUGAGACAUAUUAACACUCCAGUCUCCUGGGUCUGCCCGGGGUCUCCUCCCAGUUGGACAUACCCAAAACACCUCACCAGGGAGGUGUCCAAGAGGCAUCCUAGAUAGAUGCCCAAACCACUUUAGCUGGAUCCUUUCAAUGCAGAAGAGCAGCAGCUCUAAUUUGAGCUCCUACUGAAUGUCCAAGUUCCUCACCCUUUGUCUGAGGCCAAGGCCAGACGCCCUGCAAAAAGCUAAUUUCUUCUUCUUGUAUUAACAGUCUCAUUAUUUUGGUCACAACCCAUUGCUUGUGAAGUCAAGGUAGGAGCAUAGAUCAAGCAGUAAAUUGAUAGCUUCGCCUGCCAGCUCAGCUCUCUUCGCCACAGCAGACCAGUAUAACACACACAUAACUGCUGAUUCUGCACCGAUCUGCCAGUCAAUCUCCCACUACAUUCCUCCCUCACUCGUGAACAAGACCUCGAGAUACUUAAACUCCUCCACUUGAGGCAGUA